AUGAAGGUACCCAUUUUAUCAUUAUUCUUGCUCUUAUGGACAGUGAACGCAUCGGAUGUCGUUCGAACAGUUCCUUCCAGGAACCGCCGGUUAACUUCUUCCAUCAACAACGACGACAACAACAACAACAAGGCACGACGAGCUUCCAUUUCGAGUAGAUGGGGCCCUCAUCAUCAGACUCUAGGGUCAUCAGAAAUCUUUUCCAUCAGAUCCUCCGUCUUGGAUAUUGGCCGAGGAGGGGCAAGAAAGUCCAAGAAGGCGGAGGGUGGCAAGGCAUCUGUCAUCACUUCCAUUUUCAACUUGUCCAACAAUGUGGCAGGAGCUGGAAUCUUGACAUUGGCGGCAGGAAAGGCCAGUGGAACGGGUUGGAUUCCUUCCAUAUUGAUUUGUGCUACGCUUGCCUUUUGUUCCUCCCAUACCUUUAUUCUCAUUGCCAAGGCUUGCGAAAUGACUGGCGAAAAGACCUUCAAAGGACUAUGGUCAAAGGCCUUUGGACCCAAGACGGCGUGGAUUGUCGAUUCGAUGGUGUUUACCCAAUGUUUUUUUGUUUCCAUCAUAUAUACGGGUCUGCUAGGUGACAUCUUUUCCGCGUUGUUGAGCAAAAGCAGCCUGCCUGCUUCCUUGACCAGUCGGACGUCCAUUAUUCUCAUGGCGGCCAGCUGCGUCUUGUGGCCACUCAAUAACAUUCGGGACCUUUCCUCUUUGGGCUUUACUUCCAUUCUUGGACUGUUCGCGGUCUUAUAUACAGUAUUUUUCAUUGUUGUGCGAUCGCUGGAUGGAACCUACGCCUUGGACCCAGUUGGAAAAUUUGUUGCCGAAGGACUCAUCAUUCCGCCGUCCUUUGAGAAAUCCACAUUGUGGAACUUUGACUUGAACUCUCUGGUGCUCAUUUCCAACUUGGGACUCGCCUUUAUUGCCCAUUACAAUGGACCUUCCUACUGGCAAUCUCUGGCCGAUGCCACUACGGAACGAUUCACCAAGGUGUCCAUGACAUCCUAUGCCAUUCUGGCAUCUAUCUAUCUGGCGGUAAUGACACGCGGAUAUGCCACCUUUGGUGACGUUUGCCAAGGCAAUAUUUUGAUGAACUAUUCGGCAUCGGAUGUCUUGUCCACGUUGGGAAGGCUCGCCACUGGCUUUAGCAUUAUCUUUGGAUUCCCACUUAUUUCCAAUGGUGCUCGUGAGGGACUGAAGAACGCUUCUUCAGCACUGGGCAACACAUCCAUUUCUGAUCCCAAGAAUCACGUCAAACUGGUCACGGCUCUGUUGAUUGUUACCACGACCUUGGCUAUUUCUCUGUCGGACAUCAAACUUGUGGCUGGUUUGACUGGUGCGGUGAUGGGUUCAUCGUUGGUAUACAUUUGUCCAACACUGAUCUAUACCAAGAUAGUGGAAAAACUAAAGGGAAGGGACAGCGCAGAAUAUCAAGUAGCCAAACGAAAUCUACUGUUUAUUCCAUUUGGGCUCUUUAUAGCUCUGAUGGGAGUUACAAUGACUUUGAAGAACACGGUCCUAGCUAAAUAA